UUCUCGAUUAUUGAGAUUGAUUUUUUAAAGCUGUGAAUCAAUUCUUGUUUCAGAUCUCUGUAUGAAAAAAGAGGAGAAAACUGGAGGUGAUGUUUCCACCACCAACAAACGCCGCUUGCAAGUUGCCAGCAGCAGCUUGCAGCUUUGAUGACGUCACAGCCUCCUAUGACAUCACAACAAAGAGGCCGGUUGGCUGCGACUUUCCACUUAGGUGGCCACCUUUCUAUGACGUCACUGCCAGUAGGGCGCCCUCCUGUGACGUCACAGCCGGGUGGUUGGCUGCUGGUGUUAGUUACUGUUCUGGUCACCUGCAGCGCUGACUGUCCGUCGAUGUGCGAGUGCAAGUGGAAAAACGGCAAGGAGGCCGUGCUCUGCCUGCAGGCCAACCUCACCGUCGUGCCUCAACUGGAGGCCUCAACGCAGCUGCUCGACCUCACCGGGAACCUGGUCGCCAGUAUAGGUCGGGACGCGUUUCGAACUGCUGGGCUACUCAAUUUGCAAAAGGUGUACCUAGCCAAAUGCCGUGUGAAGAGUAUCGACAGGUACGCAUUUCGUGCACUCAGCAAUCUGGUGGAGCUCGACCUGAGCUACAAUGCACUGAGCGCAGUGCCCUCGCACGCGUUCGAGUCCAUCUCUGAGCUGAGGGAGCUCAAGCUCAGCGGCAAUGCCAUCCAGAGGCUGCUCAACGACGCGUUUGUCCAGCUCAAGCAGCUCGUCAGGUUGGAGAUUAGUGAUUGUCGGCUGGCUACAUUGGAGCCCAGGGCGUUCAACGGGUUACAGCGUACGUUGGAGUGGUUGAGAAUCGACAAAAACAGGCUGACCGAUGUGGAGUCGAGUACACUGACUCAGUUGGACAACCUGCAUGGCCUGGAAUUGGCUGGAAACCCGUGGAACUGUUCCUGCGAGCUGAGGCCGCUACGUCAGUGGAUUCUCAGGCAUAAUGUGCCUCACAGUGUUUCUCCCGUCUGCAGGGCUCCUCGUCGUCUAGCCGGUCGCCCGUGGGACAAACUGGACGUGGACGAGUUCGCGUGUCAGCCGUCGAUCAGUUCGCUGGUCGAUCAGUUGCAGGUCGACGAAGGCUCCAAUGCCACCCUCGCCUGUCAGGUGGGAGGCUCCCCACCGCCACAAGUGCACUGGCUCUGGAAAAACAAAAUGGUUGCCAAUGUGUCCACGGGUGCGGGGAGUGGCAGCGGGGGAAAGAAGUUGUACUUGCUGCAUACCAGCAGGGACGCUGUCAAUAGAUUAAGCAUACUGUCAGUAGAGCCUCAGGAUGCUGGUAUAUACUUCUGUGUGGCUGAAAAUAAGGCAGGCCGUGUACAGACCAACAUUAGCCUCUCAGUGGCCUUCCGGCGCGGAGGAGGCUCCUCUUCCUCCUCCCUGCCACUCCUCCUCACCUCCUCCUGGGCUCUCCUGCUGGCCUCCAUCCUGGUCGCCUCGCUGUUCCUGCUCGCCGCCUGCCUCGCCAUUUUGUGCAUCUGUGCACUGCGCACGAAGCACAAGCACCACAGUGGCGGCGCACAUCAGCUGAGCGCCAGGAGCCAGGGCGCCGCCGCCAUCUUGGAUUCGGGCGGACAUCUUGACAGCGGCGGCAAUUACGAAAAGAUCGAGCUGAACCAUCACAAACCGGCCACUGUUGUCAUGAACCACAGCGGUGUGCCAAAGUGUGCCAGCAAUGGCUAUUCGGAGGUGGCAGUAGUGGGUCCACUGAAGCAGCACCCCCGCCACAGCGAGUACCGAGGGCUGGCGGCCGCAGACGACAACGAUGCCGACUGUGAAGAGGAGGAGGAGGAGGAAGAGGAAGAGGAGGAGGACGACGACGAAGAUAGUCUCAAGGCGAAAUUCGAGGGAAGGAGUAAAGGGCGCGGUAAGGGGGGAUCGACGAAGCUUAGCAAAGUGCAGGCUGCCAGUGCGUUUUGGGAAGAAAACGGGGUGCAGCAGCAUGUGAUGCGGAAGGAGAUUCUUCCGUCGGGGACCCUCUACACCACGGCGGGACUUCACGAUGACCGCAGAAAUUUCCCGGACUUGCUCGGAAGUCAGGCCAAUGCUACACUCAAGUCUCACACUCAGGAGAGCUCUCUAAUUACUUCGACUGCGCAGCGGUUUAGCAGAACAAGAGGCCUUGCUGAGCGCAGUAAAUCAGGAGCUGUUACUUCAGAGAGCCAAUCACCGUUACUGCCGGGUAGCAGAUACAGUAGCAGUGACAGUACCAGUUCUCGGCUACACGGCUGUCUGUCACGAUCCUCAUCAACUUACAAACUAUCCGGUGGUGCAUCGGGUGCAAUUGCAGGUGAGGAAAGAUGCAGCAGCACUCUGAACCUGAGUGCACUGAAUGCAACCACCCGCCGAAGGGGUGGAGGGGGACCCCCCAGCCUGCCCUCCUCACCACUGGCCUAUGCAAUGCAGGACAGUGGCUCCAACUGGCGCGAUGCCAGCUCCAAUUGGCGCGUGCCAACCGCCGGUGCCAAUUCGCCAGUUGUCUCUGAGACGCCCAUUCUCGACAUACUCGAUCCGAGCAUCUAUUCGCCUUCCAUUGCUGCAACCACCUAUGAUUACCACGCUGCUCAACUUGAACGUUUCCUGGAAGAGUAUCGCAGUCUGCAGGAGCAGCUGUCAAAAAUGAAGGAGACCUGCGAGAAUAUGCGCCUGGGGGGUGGCGGCGGUGGAGGUGGUAGUGGCAUUUGCACCACCAAAGAUUCUCAUUUUGAAAAUUCGCGCCUUGGCGAGCCGCUGCUUCCCAUCCGUCACACGGCAGACGACACCCCGCGCUCCAUUUUGAAAAACAAGCCGAAAAACGCCAGCCUCCCUCAAAAUGCCUCGGUCAACAACCCCUACUGGUUGCCCCGUGACUCCCUCUUUGACACCUCUCACACAUCUGAUCUUUUCAAGAGCUGAGAUCUGGCUGAUGUUCUAAAUUAAGAAAAUAUAUAAUUUAGAAGGUGAUGUUUAAGAAUUCUGGGAGGUCAAGAGUUGACUAUAUUCUCAAUUGCAGUCGAAUUGGAACUGGUUGUUCAACCUGGGGAUGUAUAGAGCUGGCUGGCUAUGAUGUAACACGACUUAUUAUAGUGGAUGCAACCAUAGCUUGAUUCAAUCUUGGAUUGAGUUGAACUUAAGUUAACCUGUAAUUCAGCAUAUUAACCUGGAAAGAGAAAAACAAGUCUGUUUCCAAAUCAAUAAUCAAACUAAGUGCCGGUUGCACAAAAGCCGGUAAAGUUUUUAUCGUGAUUAAUUCCAUGAGAACCAUGUCUUUUCAAGAAGUCUUCUCUUUUUGGUUCUCGUGAAAUUAACCACGAUUAAAUUUCAACCAGCUUUUGUGCAACCGGGCCUUUGUGUGAUAUUAGAAUUGAGUGAGAUUCAAGAUUCAAAAUCCGGUUCAGUUAUCAAAUCAGAUAUGAGGAAUUGGAGCAGAGUUCAUAAACCAAAACUGGAAAUUAGUUUAAUUAUGAAGCCAGAGUUGAAAAAGUGAUCAAGAAUAUUGGACACGAGUCUAAUUGAACAAUAGCCUAUGAUAAACCUAUUACUUGAUUUUUAAGUGCUUGUUUAUGAAUUAAAUAAGAUUUGAGAUUUAAAAUUUUUCAUUUCAAAUCUAAUUUUAAUCCUUGAACAAGAGUAUGAAUUAGUCAAAUCAGGCUCAAUUUCUUAAGCCAGUCAUUUUCCAUUGUUGAAUUACAAAGGACAAAAUUCCCUUAUGGUUCUUGAGAGAAUAGUAACCUGAGAGAGUAUACUUUCAAUAUUACAAACAUUGAUAAAGAAUAUAUUGGUUUGAGUUUGAAUAAAUUUGAGAGUCCAAGUCUGGUAAACUACAACCCUGAGAGUCUGAUUCAAUUCUCAAUCCAGAGUUUAGUUCUUGAAUUUUACUUGAACUUCUGAAUCAUAUUUUGGACUCAAACUCUUGAAACACAUUUUAUUUUCGCUUCAAUAAAUUCAAUGAAACAACCCUGCAUUGGAUUUGUAGACAGAUUGGAUAUAAUAUUUUUCAUUCAUAUGGUCCUGCAUGAAAAUUGGCAGUUCGGAUAUUUUUCCAAGUCUGAACUUGGUUUUCUUGGUUUUCUUACAGUAUUAACUCAAUAUUCGAAACUCAGCAAAUUCAAAGAAGGAACAUGUUUAUGUGAACAACUUAUAGGGAAUUACUAAAGGCUAGACUAUUGAAUGCUUUGUAAAUAAGAACAAGAAUUGAGAGUAAUGUUACUGUGUAUAAUAUUGUCAAAUACAUUCAGAAUUAUAUAGCUUAUUAUUUAUAUAUUCCAUUUUUAUAUGAGAAUACUGUUACCAGUACUGUGUAUAGUAUUGUCAAAUAUUUAUAAUAAAGUCUGUUAUUUACAAAUAAUUUUUAUAAAUACUAGAAUUCAAUAUAAAAUACGGUACUAUAUGGAUAUGAGUAACACUAUAAUAUAAAAAUUGUUUACUGAAUUAUGAGUUUCUAUUUCAAACGUUAUAUAGAUUUAAAAUGACAUUAUUGGCAGUGAUGUAUAUUUAAGAUAAUAUUAUAAAAUAAAUGUGUUCAUAUU